CACCCCACACAGGGGCACUUCUGCCACCUUGAUGCCGUAGCUCUGGAACCGUCCGUCAAUCAAAAAGUAUAGUUCGUUGAGUAGCCUACAUGCAACCCAAAAGCGUUUUCCUCUCCUCUACAGUUUGAGGGUCUUAUCUUCCCUUCACACCAAAGAGAAUAAAGAGAAGAGAGGAGCCUUUAAAAAGCUGGAGUCUUUGCAGGGAAAAAUCCAAUUUGUAUCUCUCUUCCUUCUUUUGUACCACCCAAGCUUCUCCCUUCUGGAAUUUCUCUCUCUGUAUUAGUUGCAGAAAUCCCAAACGCUACUGCUAAAUUCGAGCAGUACUUUGUUAUAAUUACGCCAUUUCUCUCUAUUUUUCUGGUUCUUUUCUGCUAAAGAUGAGAUUUUGGUGGAAGAUUUGAGAUGGAUGGCAGGGGAAGGGGAGAUUCUUGGGCUGUUGCUGUGUUAAGAUAGGAGGGGAGGGGAAGAAGAGCGCAGUGGUGAUGAGUUUCAGGAGCAGAGGAGGAUUAGGGGGAGGGGGAGGAGAGAUUUCUUCAAAGGAGAUGGUGUCGAAAAAAUGGACCUUUUUGCUUUGCCUUGGGAGCUUCUGCAUUGGUCUCUUCUUCACCAACAGAAUGUGGACGAUGCCUGAAGCAAACGACAUUAUCAGGACAACCGGAACCGAAGAUAAUAAGAUGAAUUUAGUCACAGGCGAUUGUAGUCCAAAAACAAUUAAUGAAAAGCCACAGUCCAAGAACAUUCUAGGGGAAGUUUCGAAGACCCAUCAUGCUAUACAGACACUUGAUAAAACUAUAUCAAACUUAGAAAUGGAAUUAGCUGCUGCAAGGGCGGCACAAGAAUCUAUACUCAAUGGUUCUCCAUUACCAGAAAAUGUAGUGGCUGCUGAACCAACUGGGAGGCGGAAAUAUUUUAUGGUUGUAGGAAUUAAUACUGCAUUUAGCAGUCGUAAGCGAAGAGAUUCUGUUCGUGCAACUUGGAUACCUCAAGGUGAAAAAAGAAAGAAGCUGGAGGAAGAGAAGGGUAUCAUCAUUCGCUUUGUAAUUGGUCACAGUGCAACAUCUGGUGGUAUAUUGGACAAGGCUAUUGAAGCUGAAGAUAGAAAGCAUGGGGACUUCAUGAGGCUGGACCAUGUUGAAGGAUAUCUUGAACUAGCAGCCAAAACCAAAAUAUAUUUUGCUACUGCUGUUGCUACGUGGGAUGCAUAUUUCUACAUCAAAGUUGAUGAUGAUGUACAUGUAAAUAUAGCAACUCUUGGAGCUACAUUGGCUAGGCACCGUUCAAAGCCUCGUGUAUAUAUUGGAUGCAUGAAAUCUGGUCCCGUCCUGGCACGAAAGGGGGUGAGAUAUCAUGAACCCGAGUACUGGAAAUUUGGGGAGGAAGGAAACAAGUAUUUCCGACAUGCUACUGGUCAGCUAUAUGCCAUUUCAAAAGAUUUGGCUACUUACAUAUCCAUUAACCAGCACGUGCUUCACAAGUAUGCAAAUGAGGACGUUUCAUUGGGAGCUUGGUUUAUUGGGUUGGAUGUGGAACAUAUUGAUGACCGCAGACUAUGUUGCGGUACACCACCUGAUUGUGAAUGGAAAGCACAGGCAGGCAACACGUGUGUUGCCUCCUUUGAUUGGGGCUGCAGUGGUAUCUGCAAGUCUGCUGAAAGGAUCAGGGAGGUUCAUCGCCGCUGCGGGGAAGGUAAAAAUGCUCUAUGGAGUGCAAAUUUCUAACUGGAGUGGCCUUUCCAUGGCAUUUGGAAGUGGCUCGAAAGACUGAUCUGUUGCAUAAAUAUGCAUAUGUCUGUUGUACAUGGAGUGUAUGCAAGUGACUUGAAGGAGGACCAGAGUCGACCGCUUGAGGGGAUCUCUUCCAUUUUCUAGUAGAAAAGAUCCCUAGGUGCAGAAAUGAAGCAGAAGAAAUACAUAGAUAGAUAGAUAGGUAGAUAGAUAGAUUUAGAGAGAGAGAGAGAGGCUGUUCUCCCCCCACAUUCUUUAAAAUUGCACGGAUGGCCAUUUUGUUCCUUCGAACUCUUUUGUUAAUGGCUUCCAGAAACAUAAUAAGUACUAAUUUUGCAUUACACAACUGCUAUUGUCCCUCAUUUGAUAAACAUGGAGGUCCCUCUGGUGGACUUUUUCCUCCGAUAGUGCGGUAAUGGGAUCAGGGGUGAAUUCUUAGUGUACCUAAAGAAUGUAUAAUUACGAGAAUGUUGUUCUUUUC